GCGCUCGUUGAUGGUGGCUAGGUUUAACCUAGGACCAGCUUAUCGUAUGACACGGACGUACAAAGGCGCAAACACCCCUUUCAUCUUCUGCACUGCACCAUGUGGCGCCUGGAUGGCCAUGAGGUGCUCCGCAGUUGUCUCGACUAUUUGGUUAGCGGAAUGAUAGAAGCACUAGGGAAUGCCGAUCAGCCUGGCCAGAAUCAAUUCCGCUCCGGUGUAUCUUACCCAGAAGUUGGCAUGUUCCGGCGGCCGGACCAGAUGGAAUUUGCGAUUGACGUCUUGACGGGCCGGCUCACCAUGGUUGAAGGGUGGAGGUUAGAAUUUGCGGGAACAUCAUUGAUCGAACCCCAGUUGCAGGAUUCUUCCAAGAGCCGAUAG